AUGGCCUUUAUGAUUCGAAGAUUUUAUUCAUCAGUUGUUGAAAAGACCGUUUUGAUAUCAAGAUCGACAGAUGUAUUUGAAAACCUUGCCUUGGAACACUGGUACUACCGACAUUCAGACUUCACUAAUAAAUCUAUGUUGCUAUUGUGGGUAAAUAGUAAUAGUGUUGUAAUUGGCCGCCAUCAAAAUCCUUGGUUGGAAGUAAAUUUUGAUCCAGCUAUUGACCUACGGAUAGCAAGAAGGAAUAGUGGUGGUGGAACAGUAUUUCAUGAUAAUGAAAAUCUGAAUAUGACAUUUUUCACGAACAGAGAUAUUUAUAACAGGAAACAAAAUUUAGAACUAAUUGUUGAAACAUUAAAAAAUGAAUGGAAUGUUGUAACAGAAAUUAAUAAACGAGAAGAUAUUGUAAUAGAUAAUAUGUACAAAAUAUCUGGCACGGCUUCCAAGUUGGGAAGACCUAAUGCAUACCACCAUUGUACAUUAUUAGUUAAUUGCAAUCGAGAAUUGAUGUCAAAUUUAUUGAGAAAACGUGAAAAAAAUAUUGAAACCAAUGCCACAGUUAGUGUAACAUCAGAUGUAUUGAAUUUGACACAAAUUAAUAACAAAGUGUGUAUCAAUAGAUUAAUGACUGCUGUUGGUUUACAAUACCUGAAAACAGUAGGCAAUACAACAACAAUAAAUCAAGGAUUUAAUUAUGUAACACCAAAUGAACAAACAUUCCCUGGUUUCAAUGAAAUAAAAAAUGAAAUGGAGAGCUGGGAAUGGAUAUAUGGACGAACGCCAAAGUUUAAUAUAACUGUUAAAUGUAAUGAUCAAUCUGUUAUUUUAUCUGUAAAAAAUGGCAUCAUUGAAAAUGUUGCUACAGCCUGUAAUGUAAGUUUGAACAACUUAGUUAAUGAAAAAUUUAAUAUGAAUAUAGUGGAAGAGAUAAAACAGCAUUUAAAAACCAUUAAAAAGUAA